GGUAGAUCUAGCGCGUGUAUGUAAUAAGAUCGACUGACGGGGACGGCCAUGGCUCGGCGAACCACUAGCGUCACUGCCGCCGCCGGCCUCCUAAUCCUCGGCGCCAGUUGCGUCUUCCUGCUCUCGGCCGCGGACGGCGACGGCGGGACAAUGCGGUACAACGCCAUGUUCAACUUCGGCGACUCGCUGUCGGACACGGGCAACCUCUGCGUGAACAAGUCGGCGGCGGAGGAGCUCCUGCUCACCUUCGCCAACCCGCCCUACGGCAUGACCUACUUCGGCCACCCCACCUGCCGCUGCUCCGACGGCCGCCUCGUCGUCGACUUCCUCGCAAAGUCGCUCGGCCUCCCUUUUCUUCCCCCGUCCAAGCUCCCCGGCGCCGACUUCCGGAAGGGCGCCAACAUGGCCAUCGUGGGCGCCACGGCGCUGGACUUCGACUUCCUCAAGUCCAUCGGCCUCGGCUACCCGAUCUGGAACAACGGCGCCAUCAACGUGCAGCUCCAGUGGUUCCGCGACCUGCUCCCCCGCGUCUGCGGGACACCGCAGAGCUGCAGGCCCUACCUCGCCAAGUCCCUCUUCCUCCUCGGCUCCAUCGGCGGCAACGACUACAACGCGAUGCUCUUCUUCGGGUUCAACGUCAGCCGCGCCAAGAGCUACACCCCCAACGUGGUCGACAACAUCGCCGCCGCUGUGGAGAGGCUGAUCGAGUUGGGCGCGGUGGACAUCGUGGUGCCGGGGACGCUGCCCAUCGGGUGCGUCGCGAUCUACCUCACCAUUCUCCCGAGCGGCGACAAGUCGGACUACGACGAGCACGGCUGCCUGAAGCCGCUCAACGAUCUCGCCACGUACCACAACUCGCUGCUCCAGGACAGGCUCAAUCGCGUCCGCGCCAGGCACGGGCCGGCGGCGAGGAUCAUGUACGCGGACUACUACGCCUACGCCAUGGACAUGCUCCGCGACCCGGCGCGCUUCGGCUUCACCGCGCCCGUCGCGGCGUGCUGCGGCGCGGGCGGCCCCCCGUACAACUUCCAGUUGGACGCGCGGUGCGGGAUGAAGGGCGCGACCGCGUGCGGCGACCCGUGGAGGCACGAGUCCUGGGACGGCGUCCACCCGACGGAGGCGGUGAACAGGCUCGUCGCCGACGGGUGGCUCAGGGGACCAUACUGCCACCCUCCCAUCCUGCAGUAAUUAAUAGAUCACCGGCGACAUGAUUUACUAGCUUCUUAUCAUCUUGAGAUGGUAGUGGGACAGAUGUGUGUGUUGUAGCAGCAGAAUGAAGAUGCAGGGAAAACGUGGUGUUUAGUAGCUUCUGGCUUCCGAUCAUCUCCAUCUGCCAACACCUUCGCGGCCUUUAGUCUCUAGCAGAUUCUGUAAAGCUCUGGGGUACCUUGGGCGGAAUAUAUCCCGUAAAUGCGUCCUGCAAAA